CUGAUACCAUUGUCGGUAAACUGUAUACCCAAUAUAGGCAACUUUUCUACCUCUGUUAACCUCGAACUUUACAGGCCCGAUUGCUGUAUUAAUUUUAGGUGAUAUAUUUGAACAACAAAGAUUUAUUGAAUUAAAAUAACUAAAUAUGAGGCUCACAGCAUUAUUAGCAUGGAGAAAAGCUUCAUCAGAACCAGUUCCAUUCCAAGAGCGAUUGCCACUGAAACUAAAACCCACAGUAUCUGGAAAAGGAGACAAAGUAUCAGAAGUCUGUUGUAUUCAAGAAAUGUCUGUAAUGCUGGCUUGUUUUAAAACAUAUGAAUUUAACCAAGCACUAUGUUCCAAAGAGAUUGACAGCUUCAAGAAUUGCUAUGCUAAGCAUAUGAAUACCAAACAAGUUAAAAAAGAACAAGCUGAAAAGGGUAUUCUAACUCCUGGAGAAAAAAAAUUGUCUUACAAACAAGUCAAUAUUCUUUUAAAAAGAUAUCCUAAUCAUAAGUGAUAUAAUUAACUUAAUUAUGUAGUUUGAUUGUAAUAUAUUGUGUAUCUAAAAACUA